AAAUUAAGUCUAGAGAUGGAUCCUAAUUGGAGAGUUUUGAGUGGUGAGAAUAAGUGGGAGGGGUUGUUGGUUGAUCCAAUUGGUGACGACUUCCGUCGUUACAUAAUCCACUACGGAGAAAUGGCCCAGGCGACUUACGAUGCAUAUGAUUCCGAUGAAAACUCCAUCACUGGUGGAAAUAGUAAGUACGCCAUGGACGAACUCUUCUCCCAAGUCGGUCUGGGAAAAGGACGUGCCAAGAAGAAUUACACCAUAACCAAGUAUUUAUAUACUACCGCUGCUUUUGCACCUUUUAACAAGGACACUAACUGGAUGGGCUAUGUCGCGGUUUCGACGGACCAAGAAACAAAGGAGGCCGGGAGGAGGGACAUCGUGGUUGCUUGGAGAGGAACAAACGAGGAAUCGGAGUGGUUGAACAACGUUGGGAUCUUGCAACAACCUGCUUCCGAGAUAUUUGGAGACAUAGGAGAGGACGACAUACCUUCGGUUCAUGGGGGUUUCUACCUGAUAUACACCUCAAACAACUCCGAUUCUACAUUUUCUAAGAUCAGUGUUAGGGAUCAGGUUCUUAAAGAAGUUUCACGCCUAGUGUCCAUAUACAAGAACGAGACGAUUAGCGUGGUUGUGACAGGUCAUAGCCUUGGAGGAGCACUUACAACUUUAAACGCAAUUGAUAUUGCAAGAAAUGUUUUCAAGAAUCAAGAUGAAGAUUCCAACUCUAAUUUAGUUACUGCCUUUGCCUUUGCAAGCCCACGUAUAGGAGGACCAAUGCUUAGGGACUCAGCCGCCUCCCUCAAGAAUCUUCAUAUACUCCGUAUAGAGAACAAACCUGACUCGGUGCCUGACUUCCCCAACAUUGGUUAUAGGGAUGUGGGACAACUUCUAUUCAUGGACACAGAAGAGUCUGAAUUCCUAAAAAGAAAAGGUUUUAUUGGUUCGAAAGGUAUGGCCCAUAACAUGGAGAUAUAUCUGCAUGGAGUCUCGGGAACACAAGGAGUGGAGAAAAAAUUUAAAAAGGAUGUGGAAAGGGACAUUUCGUUGGUUAACAAACAUGGGGAAAAUCUCGUGGACAUAUAUGGGGUGCCGAUCGCUUGGUGGGAUGAGGUCGACAAGGCCGGGAUGGUUCAAAUGGAAGAUGGGUCGUGGAAGACGAAGUUGAUCAUCAAUAAGAAAAAACUUGUUACUAAAUGGUGGAAGUUUUUCUUAUUGUUUAUUUGUUAUUAAGAGUAUUUUGAUCCUUCAUUUAAAAUACAUGUUGCUUUAUUACUUUUAUAAUUUUCAUAAUUAUUGUUUUGGAACUUUUCACCACAAUA